UUCGUCCACCAAUGUACAAAAAAACUACUUUAUGGCUGAUUUUGGUGAAACCGGAUUUUAUAGUACAUACUAUAGAAUAUAGUCAGCUAACCGCUGCUGGGUUGUUGGACUGGGUUGGUGGGGGGUCCCCUCUAGAUCCGCCCCUGAUUAUUCCUGACUAUCAUUAAUGUGCUUUUAUUGUGAAACCCGACGACAGGAAACAACAUAUUCCCGGGAACUUGCCAUGUCUCCAGCAGUCUGUGGACUCCGCUGCUGGUCGUGUGUGAUCCGGAUCAUGGAGCUGCUGUUUGUGCUCUAACAGUCCGGCUCCCCCCGCGGAGCUUCAAUAUGCUGCUGAUGGGAAACGAGUCCUCCGGCUGGGCUGCGCUCCCAGAGUUCAACCGCUCCGAGGCGGAGGACGGCAGGUCCGGAGCCGGGCCGGAGGCGGUGGUUGUGCCGGUGGUGUUCGGGCUGAUCUUCGUGGUGGGGGUGGUGGGGAACUCUCUGGUGAUGGUGGUGAUCGGGAGGGUGAGGUACCGCGGUGCAGGGGGCGGCGGUGGGAGAGGAGGAAGGACGCGCUCCGGCAGCCCGACCAACAUCUUCAUCCUGAACCUGAGCGUGGCGGACCUCCUCUUCCUCCUCUUCUGCGUCCCGUUCCACGCCACCAUCUACUCUCUGCCGGAGUGGGUGUUCGGAGGCUUCCUAUGUAAGUUCGGACACUUCUUCUCCAGCGCCAGCAUGCUGGUCAGCAUCUUCACACUGGUCGCCAUGUCCGCGGACCGCUACAUCGCAGUGGUGCGCUCCGGGAAGUCUCCGUGCGUCCGGAGCCGCCGGAAUGCGCUGGCCGGGGUGUGCAUCAUCUGGAUGCUGUCUUUGCUGUGCUCGGUGCCGGUGGCCCAGCACCAGGUUCUCACCAGCCACCCCAGCGCCCCCAACAGCACCUUCUGCUGGGAGCAGUGGUCCGGAGCGUCCAGACCGUUGUACAGGGUGACCUUCCUGCUGAUCGGGUUCCUGCUGCCGCUGCUGCUCAUCAGCUGCUGCUACACCAGGGUUUUAUUUCAUCUUCAUAAAAAAAUGAAGAACAUGUCCAAGAAGUCUGAGCGCUCCAAAAGAAAGACGGCUCAGACGGUUCUACUGGUCGUCACCGCCUUCACCAUCUGCUGGAUGCCUCACCACAUCAUUGCCAUGUGGGUGGAGUUUGGCACCUUUCCCCUGAACAACGCCUCAUUCGCCUUUCGCAUUGUCUCCCACGUCUUCUCUUACGGGAACUCCUGCAUCAACCCAGUCCUCUACGCCUUUCUGUCUGAGAACUUCCGCAAGGCCUGCCGCCAGGUCUUCACGUGCCACUUCUUGUACCCACCGCCCCCCGGCAAGGUGGUCCGUUUCCGCAUGGAGAACUUCUCCUCCACACACUCCACCACCAACAUAUGAAGGACAGGAGGGGUUUGACAGAGAGAUUUCUUCCAAUGGAAAUGAGGGGCAGGAGCAGAUUCUAGUGGAAAUGUAGAUCAUAUGACAAGAGGACAUCAUGUGAUUGGAUGCUGACUCUACCUGUGGACCGCCUGCACUCAUCUGAUUGUGGACGAACAGAAAAAAACAGAUUUAUGUUUCAGAAAAGUUUGCCCCUUUUUCAGAUAGUCUGAUAUUUUUAAAAAUAGUUUAUUAGAAUUUUGAAAAACGUGUUCCACAUAAAUACGUUUUAUUUUAUUUUCAUUAAUGGUCAAUGAUGCUAAGUAGCUGCAGUAUAAUUAUAGUUGAAUUCAGUUUAUAUUGUUUUUUCUACAGUCUUAAUCCUACUCUUGCAUGUGGUGAGGGUGUCUGCCUCCCGAACCACAACUGGAAGCUGGUUCCACAGGAGAGGAGCUUGGUAACUGAAGGCUCUGGCUCCUGUUCUACUUUUAGAGACUAUAGGAACCACAAGUAGCCCAGCAUUCAGAGAACGUAGUGUUCUAGUGGGGUAAUAGGGUACUAUGAGCUCUUCAAAAUAUGAAGGGGCCUGACCAUGAAGAGCUUUAUAGGAGAGGAGCUUGGUAACUGAAGGCUCUGGCUCCUGUUCUACUUUUAGAGACUAUAGGAACCACAAGUAGCCCAGCAUUCAGAGAACGUAGUGUUCUAGAGGGGUAAUAGGGUACUAUGAGCUCUUUAAGAUAUGAAGGGGCCUGACCAUGAAGAGCUUUUUAGGUGAGGAGGAGUAUUUUAAAUUCAAUUCUACAUUUUAUAGGGAGCCAAUGCAGAGUAGCUAGUACAGGAGAGAUGUGAUCUCUUUUUCUAGUUCCUGUCAGUACUCGUGCUGCAGCGUUCUGAAUUAAUUGGAGCGUUUUAAUGGACUUAUUGGGGCAACCUGAUAAUAAAGAGUUGCAGUAAUCCAGCCUUGAAGUAACAAAUGCAUGGAUUAGUUUUUCUGCAUCUGUCUGUGAUAGUAUGUGUCUAAUUUUUCUAAUAUUACGUAAAUGAAAGAAGGCAGUCCUAGAGGUCUGCUUUAUGUGGGAGUUAAAUGACAAAUCCUGAUCAAAGAUAACUCCAAGAUUCCUGACAGUGGUGCUAGAGGCCAAGUUAAUGCCAUCUAGAGUGACUAUAUCUUUAGACAAUGAGUCUCUAAGGUUUUUGGGGCCAAGAACAAGAAUUUCGUUUUUUUCUGAGUUUAACAUCAGAAAAUUGCAGGUCAUCCAGGAUUUUAUGUCCUUAAGACAUGUUUGUAAUUUAGAUAAUUGAUUAAUUUCAUUGGGUUUGAUUGAUAGAUAUAACUGCGUAUCAUCUGCAUAACAGUGAAAGUUAAUGGAGUGAUUCCUAAUAAUGUUGCCUAAAGGGAGCAUAUAUAAAGUAAAUAGUAUUGGUCCAAGUACAGAACCUUGUGGAACUCCAUGACUAACUUUAGUAUUUAUGGAGGAUUCAUCGUUAACAUGUACAAACUGAGUACGAUCUGAUAAGUAUGACUUAAACCAGGUUAGGGCAGUUCCUUUAAUGCCAAUUUGAUGCUCAAGUCUCUGUAAAAGAAUAUCAUGGUCAAUGGUGUCAAAUGCAGCACUAAGAUCUAAUAAUACAAGUACAGAGACAAGUCCAUUGUCAGAAGCAGUCAGAAGGUCAUUAUUAACUUUAACCAGAGCUGUCUCUGUGCUAUGAUGAACUCUAAAUCCUGACUGAAAAUCCUCAAAUAAACUAUUGUUAUGUAGAAAGUCACACAACUCUUUGGCGACUACUUUCUCCAGAAUCUUAGAGAGGAACGGGAGGUUAGAAAUCGGUCUAUAGUUGGCUAAAACCCCUGGGUCAAGAGUAGACUUUUUAAGAAGGGGUUUAAUUACAGCUACUUUAAAGGACUGUGGUACAUAUCCUGAUAAUAAAGAAAGAUUAAUCAUAUCCAGUAAAGAAGUGCCAAUUAAGGGAACAACUUCUUUAAGCAGCCUAGUUGGGAUCGGGUCUAACAGACAGGUUGAUGGCUUCGAUGAAGAAAUGAUUGAAGUUAACUGAUGAAGAUCGAUAGCAGAAAAACAGUCUAAAUAUACAUCUAAGUUUACAUUGACAGAAGUCCCUGAACUUGGAGAGCCACUGAUAACUGUUGAUGGCAGUUGGUGAUUAAUUUUUUCUCUAAUAGUAAUAAUUUUAUUAUAGAAGAAGCUCAUGAAGUCAUUGCUACUUAAGUUUAUGGGGAUAUGUGGCUCGAUAGAGCUGUGACUCUCUGUCAGCCUGGCUACAGUGCUGAAGAGGAACCUAGGGUUGUUCUUAUUUUCUUCUAUUAGUGCUGAGUAAUAGGCUCCUCUGGCAUUACGGAGGGCCUUUCUAUAAAUCUUAAGAUCAUCUUGCCAAUUUGAGCGAUAUUCUGAUAAUUUGGAAGAGCGCCAUUUCCUUUCAGAUUUCCUAGCUAUUUGCUUUAACUGGCGGGUUUGGUGGUUAUACCAAGGUGCUAGUCUCCUAUGUUUUAAUAAUUUCCUUUUUAUAGGAGCGAUAGAGUCUAAUGUUGAUCGUAGUGAGCCUGUAGCACUAUCGACAAGAUUAUCAAUUUCAGAGGGACUAAAGUUGUUAUAGGACUCUGUUAAAUUCAGACAUGGCAUUGAAUUAAA